ACCAGCUGGGUGUCGAGUUUGACUGCUCAUAGGAACGAAUCAGGCAGGAUGUACAGUACGGUUGCAUUAAAAACAUUCGUAAUAUUGCUAGCACUCAUGAAGGCUAACAGCGCGUUCAAUAUCCCAAGCCAGGACGAGAUAACAAAAGCAAUCGGUACUGCAGUGCUACGAAACGCAGGCACACAACUCGUUGGGAACUUCAUGCGAAAAUUCACUGGAAACUCCGGCACGUCAAAUUCCGGUACUGGAGGACAAAUAGGGGGCGAUCCCCUCAGCCCCGGGACACAAAAUGGGGCUGGAAACUUCGGCGCAUCAAGCCCUGGUGCGGGAGGUGGUGGACUGAUGAAUGCGGUGAUGCAGGGUGUGACCGCAGGCAUGCGAGGCUACAGUUCUGGCUCUGCUGGAGGAGUUCCUGGAAAUGGUGGAUUCCUUAACAACGUUUUGCAAGCAGCUGGUGGGAACUACGGACAAUCCAGUCCGGCCCCUUCAGGUGGUGGACUUAUUAGCAACGUUUUGCGAGCAGUUGGUGGGAAUUACGGACAAUCCAGUGCUGCCCCUUCAGGUGGUGGACUUAUUAGCAACGUUUUGCGAGCAGCUGGUGGGAACUACGGACAACCCAGUCCUGUCCCUUCAGGUGGAGGGCUCCUUGAUACAGUCUUGAGAGGUCCAAAUACAAGCCCAACCUUGCCCAGCUCCGGCUCUGCUGCUGGAACUAGUGGAGGAAAUGGAUUCUUCAACCAGCUCAAGCAGACUGUGGGCUCAGGACUUGGUACCUCUGGUUUAAAUUAUGGAGGUGAUGGAUUACUCGGCAGAUUCAUGAAGAAGGCGGUGGCUGGUGCUUUCGGCUCUCCUAGUGGCCGGCGCGGGAGGAAGUGCGAAUGGUGGCUUCAAUAAACUCUGAAGCUGGCCACAGCUCGCCCCACUGAAACAGCUUCAGCUCAUCGUGGAAUCACGAAGACGCUACCUACAGCCUGUCCAAACUUCUGCGACCAUCGAGUCGGCGGCACAAUAAAAUAUGAUAUAUUUAGUGUACACUACGUGACAGCAGUUACGUUCUAGUUAGAUUUACUGCUUGUAGAAUGCACAUUAUGUUUAAAGCUGAAAAGCCGUAUUAUCACUUUUUUAUUUUACUGCUGCCUCCUGCACUCUCUACCUCUUGGGGGUGAGAAUGAU